ACUUUCAGUGGGUCGGGAGUUUGUCCUGCCUCCUCCUCCCGGUGCGCGCAACUCUCGGAGAGCCAAGUCUCUUGCGCUUUUUUCAUGAAAGCCCUUUUGCCAUCAGUGUGAGAGCUACGCUCAAGGAGGAGAGGAUCCGAAGGGGCCCCAGUCUGGCCGAGAGAUAACACCCGGUAUACUUCCACACAUGGCUGCUGUAGUAUAAACCACAUCUUUUCGUUUGGAUUUUGGAAAGGGACCCGAAGUUUUGAAAAGAAAGUCGCCCGUUUUCAGUAACUUGCUGCGGGGCGCUCACCAUGGAGAUGCAAAGAUGGAGCACCAGGUGGAAAACGAAAAGGUGGCAAUGGAAUUCGACGCUAGCCACUGUAGUCACGUUAAUUGUAAUCCUACAAGCUGCCAGUGUAAAAGCAGCUGAACCCGUGGAUGUACUGAAGGUGCUAGAUUUCAAGAGCUCUCCUGAAGGAGUACGGAAAACACAGGGCUUCUGCACUUUCCGCAAAGGGUCCAAACCGGACAUCGCUUACAGAGUGGGCAAAAAGGUUCAGCUCAGCGCUCCGACCAAACAGCUCUUCCCAGGGGGGGUUUUCCCAGAAGAUUUCUCUAUCCUGUUCACCAUCAAGCCCAAGGCUGGACUCCAGUCCUUCCUUCUGUCCGUGUACAACCAGCAAGGCCUGCAGCAGCUGGGCAUGGAGGUGGGCCGUGCCCCCGUCUUCGUGUACGAGGACCAGCAUGGCAAGCCUUCCCCUGAGGAGUACCCCUUGUUCCGCUCCAUCAACCUUGCUGAUGGCAAAUGGCAUCGAGUAGCUGUCAGUGUGGAGAAGAAGAGCGUCACCAUCAUUGUGGACUGUAAGAAGAAGGUAACCAGGCCUCUGAAGAGAAGCGACCAGGCUGUGAUCAGCACAGAGGGCAUUACCGUCUUUGGCACCAGAAUCCUGGACGACGAGGUCUUUGAGGGUGACAUCCAGCAACUGUUAAUAGUGGCAGACCCCAGGGCCGCCCACGACUACUGUGAACACUACAGCCCCGACUGUGAAACCCCCAACCACCACGACACCCCACAGGCUCAGGAACCCGAGGACGAGUACACCAACUAUGAGUAUGGCGAGUUCUAUGACUACACUGAAGGAGAGGUUGUCACUGAUGCUCCCCCGACUGAUGAUGUGAAGACUGAGGCAAAUGCGGGGGGAGAAUACUACGCUGAAGAGUACGACUACAGCCCAGUCGAUGGCAGUCAGCCUGACACGCCCACUGAGACAGUCGGGCAAGGCCAGAACUACGAUGGGGAGAUCGUGGAUGAUUACAUCACUGGUGUGGAACAGGUCGGCGUGGACCCAACUGCUGCCGAGGAAACCGGCGUGUCAGUGGACUCCCAAACGGCCGUGGACUCUGCUACUGACCCCAAUGAGUUCAAGGAAUACGACAUGAAGAAUUACGACAACAAAGGAGCUGCGGAUCCACAGUACGACUAUGAUUACGGAGAUUAUGCUUCCCCUGAUCCCAAACCUACGUCAGGAGCGGAGGAGGAGGAGGAGUUCGGUCCCGGGGUCCCAGGCUUCAGAGAGAGUGUGGGUGGGAGUCAGAGUUACCUGGGAGAAAAAGGAGAGAAGGGUGAACCUGCUGUCAUCGAGCCGGGGAUGCUUAUAGAAGGACCCCCAGGAGCCCCUGGCCCAGCAGGUGUUCCUGGUACCCCAGGAUUGCACGGACCCCUAGGUCAGCCAGGAGAUCCUGGUGAGAGGGGCCCUCCAGGGCGUCCAGGUAUUCCUGGUUCAGAUGGUGUUCCCGGGCCUCCAGGUACCAUCCUGAUGCUUCCAUUCCGUGCAGGGGGCGAGGCACACAAGGGGCCCGUGGUGACGGCCCAGGAGGCCCAGGCUCAGGCCAUCCUGUCCCAGGCUAGACUGACGAUGAGAGGUCCUCCAGGGCCCAUGGGCAUGUCAGGAAGAUCUGGUCCUUUGGGACGUCCUGGAGCUUCUGGACUUAAAGGUGACUCCGGUGAAAAUGGGCCACAGGGACCUAGAGGUCUUCAGGGUCCAACUGGCUCACCAGGAAAACUAGGAAAAAGGGGUCGCAAUGGUGCUGACGGUGCACGAGGAAUGCCUGGAGAGUCGGGGGGCAAGGGCGACCGUGGUUUCGAUGGCCUCCCUGGUCUUCCUGGAGAGAAAGGACACAGAGGAGAAAUGGGCUCCACAGGUCCUCCAGGAUCCCCAGGAGAAGAUGGCCCAAGAGGUGAAGAUGGCCAGGUUGGGCAGAGAGGUGUGGCAGGAGAGAGUGGGCCUAGAGGUUUACUUGGGCCCAGAGGGUCUCCUGGUACACCAGGACAGCCUGGUCUUUCCGGACUAGAUGGGCCUGCCGGUCCCAAAGGAAACAUGGGUAUACAAGGAGAAGGGGGACCCCCUGGGCAACAGGGUCUGCCUGGUCCACAUGGUCUUGUUGGUCCUCAAGGUCCAAUCGGGGGGCCUGGUGAAAAAGGACCUAAUGGAAAACAAGGUCUGGCUGGACUCGCAGGUGCCGACGGACCUCCUGGUCACCCAGGCAAAGAGGGCCCUGCAGGCGACAAAGGAACAUCUGGUUUUCCUGGUCCCAUGGGAUCCAUUGGCUAUCCCGGACCUCGUGGCGUCAAAGGUGCUGAGGGAAUUAGAGGCCUUAAAGGCGACAGAGGAGAAAAGGGAGAAGAUGGAUUCCCUGGCUUCAAAGGAGACAUGGGCAUCAAGGGUGACAAGGGCGAGGGUGGUUCACAAGGACCCAGAGGAGAAGAUGGCCCUGAAGGUCCUAAGGGCAAAUCAGGCCCCUCUGGAGAGUCUGGUUCCAUGGGUUUAGCAGGCGAGAAGGGAAAACUUGGAGUCCCUGGAUUGCCUGGGUACCCUGGAAGACAAGGCCCCAAGGGCUCCACCGGCUUCAAUGGAUUCCCUGGAGCAAACGGCGAAAAAGGAGCAAGGGGAAUUGCAGGCAAAGCGGGCCCUCGAGGGCAGCGUGGCCCGACGGGUCCACGGGGCGGACGAGGAGCUCGAGGACCAACCGGAAAGCCUGGUGCAAAGGGCACCUCGGGCAAUGACGGACCUCCCGGCCCCCCAGGAGAGCGGGGACCCCAAGGACCACAGGGACCAAACGGUUUGCCUGGACCCAAAGGACCUAAUGGCCCGCCAGGGAAAGAUGGACUGCCCGGUCAUCCUGGACAGAGGGGGGAGACGGGUUUCCAAGGAAAGACUGGACCCCCAGGACCAGGUGGGGUGGUUGGACCUCAGGGACCAACUGGAGAAACAGGACCAAGUGGAGAGCGAGGACACCCGGGCUCCCCUGGUCCACCUGGAGAGCAAGGUCUGCCUGGAGCUGCUGGAAAAGAGGGCGGAAAGGGGGAUCCAGGUCUUCAGGGUCCGUCUGGCAAGGUGGGACCUCCCGGCCUGAGGGGCUUCCAAGGGACCAGAGGUCUUCCAGGAGCCAUGGGUCCAGGUGGCUUAAAGGGAGGAGAAGGACCCCAGGGUCCGGGGGGGCCCAACGGCUCUCCUGGAGAGAGAGGCCCCGCCGGCCCCGGAGGGCCCAUCGGUCUGACGGGACGGAACGGUCCGCAGGGACCGCCUGGCCCCGCUGGAGAAAAGGGAUCUCCCAGAAGGGGUCCCAUGGGCCCCGCCGGCCGUGAUGGCAUCCAAGGUCCCGUAGGGCUUCCCGGGCCUGCUGGCCCACAGGGGCCCCCUGGAGAGGACGGUGACAAGGGAGAAGUCGGUGGACCUGGACAGAAAGGAAGCAAAGGAGACAAGGGUGAACUUGGUCCACCAGGCCCGAGUGGUCUCCAGGGCGUGGUCGGAGCUCCUGGUCCAGCUGGCAGCGAUGGCGAGGCAGGUCCCAGAGGACAGCAGGGGAUGUUUGGCCAGAAAGGAGACGAGGGAGCCAGAGGAUUCCCCGGUUUACCAGGACCCAUCGGACUGCAGGGUUUGCCCGGCCCUCCCGGUGAGAAGGGAGAGAAUGGAGACGUUGGAGCAAUGGGUCCACCAGGUCCUCCCGGCCCCAGAGGCCCUCAAGGCUCAAGCGGAGCUGAUGGUGCUCCAGGUCCUCCCGGUGGUAUCGGUUCAAUGGGAGCUGUUGGUGAGAAGGGAGAAAAUGGUGAGGCUGGCAACCCAGGACCACCUGGAGAGAUCGGUAUUGGAGGACCUCGAGGAGAGUUUGGAGAGAAGGGAGAAUCUGGCCCCCCUGGAGCUGCCGGCCCCGCCGGAGCCCGAGGACCCGGUGGAGAUGACGGUCCCAAGGGUAAUCCUGGACCCGUGGGCUUCCCAGGAGAUCCCGGUCCCCCCGGUGAGCCUGGUGCUGGUGGUCUUGAUGGUUUACCUGGUGAAAAAGGUGACGAUGGAGAGGCUGGAGCACCAGGCCCUGCUGGUCCAUCUGGUGAAGCUGGAGUACCAGGACCUCCUGGCAAAAGGGGAUCUAUUGGACCUGCAGGUAAAGAGGGCAGACAAGGAGAAAAGGGAUCCAAGGGAGAACUUGGAGCCGAGGGACCUGUUGGGAAGACCGGUCCUGUAGGACCUCAAGGACCCCCUGGAAAAGCUGGCGCUGAGGGUCUGCGUGGAAUCCCCGGACCUGUUGGUGAGCAAGGACUCAAUGGUGCCGGUGGUCAAGAUGGCCCUCCUGGACCGCUGGGACCUCCUGGACUUCUUGGAAUGAAAGGUGACUCUGGAUCCAAAGGAGAGAAGGGUCACCCCGGUCUGAUUGGUCUGAUCGGACCUCCUGGUGAAUCCGGAGAGAAGGGAGACCGAGGUCUGCCUGGACCUCAGGGUUUAUCCGGUGGGAAGGGUGAAAUUGGCCUUGGCGGCGGACACGGUCCUCUCGGCCCUCCUGGUCCUCCUGGAAUUCCUGGAGCUCAAGGACAAAAGGGAUCCAAGGGGUCAUCUGGUACAUCUGGCCAGAAGGGAGACUCUGGACUGAUCGGGCCACCUGGACCACCUGGUCCUCCCGGAGACAUCAUCCAGCCGCUGCCCAUCCAGCAGCCCGGCAGGAAGACCAGGCGGCACACUGACGUGCAGGGAGACGAGGCCAUGUCUGACUACGGUGAUAGUGUGGCCAUGGAGGGGAUGGAGGAUGUCUUCGGGUCACUUAACAACCUCAAACAGGACAUUGAGCGCAUGAAAUUCCCCAUGGGCACCGAGGACAACCCGGCCAGGACCUGCAAUGACCUGCACCUCAGCCAGCCCGACUACCCCGACGGUGAAUACUGGAUCGAUCCAAACCAGGGCUGCCUUGGAGACGCCAUCAAAGUGAUCUGUAACUUCACAGCAGGAGGAGAGACAUGCAUCCACCCAGACAAGAAAUCCUCAGGAGUAAGAAUAUCCAACUGGCCAAAGGAAUCUCCAGGUUCAUGGUUCAGUGAAUUUAAACGUGGAAAAAUCUUGAGCUACGUGGACGUGGGAGGAAACAGCAUCAACUCAGUCCAGAUGACCUUCCUGAAGCUCCUGAGCUCCUCCGCUCGGCAGAACUUCACCUACAUUUGCCAUCAGUCUGUGGGCUGGUACGACGCCAAGGCCGACAACUACGACAAGGCGCUGCGCUUCCUGGGCUCCAACGAUGAGGAAAUGUCUUACGACAACAAUGCGUUCAUCAAGCCGCUCAUGGACGGCUGCUCGCUGAAGCAGGGCUAUUCAAGGACUGUGAUGGAAAUCAACACUCCCCGUAUUGACCAGUUGCCCAUACUUGACGUCAUGCUGAAUGACUUUGGGGACUCCAACCAGAGGUUUGGCUUUGAGGUCGGCCCUGUCUGUUUCCUCGGCUAGACACGCCCCGACUCCGCCGCUGAAGGACAGGGUCAAGAGGAAGAUCAACUCAAACCCGGAGAAGAAGCAGCAGCGUGCCCCCAGGCCCUGUCAUGAAAGUGCUGACAAGGGGAAAACUCCUCCUCGCCCUUGUAGGGCCAGAAUCACAUGACUUUACCUUGUAAUGGGAGUGACAUCAGGAAAAGGACAUUUCACGCCGUGGUGGACAGUGACGCACUUUCAGCAACAGAGAGCGGAUCCACUCACCUCGAGUAGCAUCCUCCCUUGUACUCCCCUUCCCGUUCCCAUCAUGCCUCGCUCUCUGGAUGCUCCAAGUGCCGCUCUGAAUUCAUCCACAGAGUUUCUUUUGUGCAGAAUCACAAAACUCUCAAGGUGCUACAGAAAGUGCUUUUUGAUAAAACUGUAAUUAAUAUUAUUAUUAUUAUUUUGUGUAAUAAUGUUCCUCUCCAAAUCCACUCUCAAAUUUUGCAUGUUGGCUCUGAAAGUUUGAUUAAACAUCUGGUAAACUGUGCUAGAAUAAAUCCUCUGGAUAUAUUUAAUGUCUCUUAAGAACACAUUUGUUGAGAAAUAUGUCUCUUGAAAACAUACAUUUGACAAACACCUCAAUUUUGAAUAUGAAAUAAUCCUUUUGUAAAUAAUAAGUUUCAUUAUUUGACUUAUAGGAAAUUAAAAAGACCUUGAACACCAGCCCUUACUCCAAAAACAUUUUGUAUUUUUUGUCAUGACAUACCAGUUAGUAUACCCACGAGGAAAUCAAGCCAUAAUGAGAUAGUAAUAUAAAUAUUCAGAGAAAAGGCUUAUUCUUCUAGGUAGCUGUUAUACCUCAGUUUCUUUGAAAAUUGUUGACAUUUUUUUCUCUACAACCAUGUUCUCUCGAACAUAGACAAAAAUUUGGUCGUUUACGACUCCGGAAAACCAGUCUUACAUGGUUCAAAAUUGCCUAGUAUUUUUUUUUUUUGUGAAAUCAGAAACAGGCCCUGUAGAUAUUUUCUUUGUAACAAUGAACAAAAUGUUUUUUUCUCGUGCUUUGAAUUGUUCAUUCAAAAAUAUUAAAACUGGGUUCUAAAAAAUGUUGGGUUGAAUGUCUGUAUUGUUGGCUGUUUGAGGGCAGAAAACCAGUUCCUUCUUGCUCUUUCUUGUGAUUCUGCGCUUCCUGAUACAUAUCAUCUUUGAUUAGGACGACUAUUUGGGUUCCUUUUGAUUGACUUUCACCUUUACUUUUCUCAGAUUUGACAUUAAAUAAGAUCUGUUUGCAUCUCCACUUCCUUAGCUUGAAGCUAUGAUAGCCAAGACUUGAGACCGCUUUCAAACCUGUGUAAUUACAGUAUGUGUACAACUCAUGUACAAGUGAAAUAAAUUUUUGGUGCUUUGCCAAGUGCA